UAUAAAACCAUUAAUUCUUAAUGGCAUCAACAGUGAUUCCAAGUGUAUAUAGUGAUCCACAUUUUAUUGGUAAUCGUAGAGUUAUAACUCAUUUAAUGGAAUGGAAAUAUGAUGAUAUUGGUAAUGAAUGUGAACGUUUUCUUGGUCCUUAUGGUUAUGGUGGUGUACAGGUUUCACCGGUAAAUGAACAUGCCAUUAUGGAUGGCCGACCUUGGUAUGAACGGUAUCAACCAGUUAGUUAUGUGAUUCAAACACGUAGUGGUAAUGAACAACAAUUUCGUCACAUGGUACAACGUUGUAAUCGCGCGGGUGUUCGAGUGUAUGUGGAUGUCGUUCUUAAUCAUAUGACUGGUGGCCAACAAGGUCUCGGAACAGCUGGUAAUUAUUUUAAUGGUCAUGAGCAACAAUAUCCGGGUGUGCCGUUCGGACCUGAGCAUUUUAAUGGCCCUGAAAGUUGUCCUACCGAAAAUUUGGAAAUUAUAGAUUGGGAUAAUCCCGUUCAAUCACGUAAUUGCCGUCUAUUCGGUCUUCGUGAUCUAAAACAAUCUUGUGAAUAUGUUCGCCGAAAACAAAUCGAAUUUUUGAAUAAAUUGAUUGAUUUCGGUGUAGCUGGCUUUCGUUGUGAUGCCUCGACACAUAUGUGGCCUGAAGAUCUGCAGAAUAUUUUUUCGCGCUUGAAUAAUUUGAAUGAGGAAUUUUUCCCAUCGAAUUCACGGCCUUUCAUUUAUCAUGAAAUAAUCUAUUAUGGUGGCGGUGGUAUUAAUCCUAAUGAAUAUAUUUCAUUGGGACGUAUCAUUGAAUUUCGUUUUUGGAAAGAGAUUACUAAUGUAUUUCGAGGUCAUAACCAAUUGAAAUGGUUACGAAAUUUUGGUACUGAAUGGGGAUUGAUAGACAGUUCGGAUGCAUUCAUCAUGAUUGAUAGUCAUGAUCUACGUGUAGGUCAUAAUGGUGAACUUGGAUUCAAUAUCAAUUGUUUUGAGCCUCAAUUACUGAAAGCGGCUACAGCAUUUAUGUUGGCAUGGAAUUAUGGAAUACCACGCAUACUAAGCAGUUAUCGAUGGAAACAGAUUGUCAAAGAUGGCAAAGAUCUAAAUGAAUGGGUUGGACCGCCUACCGAUUUGUUUGGCAAUAUUAUUUCAAUAAAAAUUAACCCAGAUGAAUCAUGGAAUAAUCAGUAUUGGAUGUGCGAACAUCGAUGGAAACAAAUCUACAAUAUGGUACGAUUCAAAUCGAUCGUCGAUGAUGAACCAAUUAUAAACUGGUGGGAUAAUGGUGAUAAUCAGAUUGCAUUCAGUCGUGGCAACCGGGGAUUCAUUGCAUUCAAUCUACAAAAAACAAGAUUAAAUAACGACGAUAAUGGCAAUGCCGACUAUGACAAAAAUCAACUAGAUCUUCGAAAAAGACUACAAACAGGUCUACCGGCUGGAACAUAUUGCGAUAUAAUCAGUGGUGAUCGUGAUGGUAACAAAUGUACAGGUAAAUCGAUUAUUGUUGAUCAAAAUGGAUGGGCCAACAUUUACAUUGGUCAUAAUGAAUUGGAUGUUUUUUUCGCUACUCAUUUGGAAGCUAAAUUAACCGAAUGAUUUUCAUUAAACAUAGACAAACAUUUUUUUUAUCAUUUUCUAUGACUGUAUACAGUUAAAAUAAUAUAGAAUUUCAUAACAAAUAAAUACAGAAUCUUAUUGUAUGUAGAUUUCCUCAGGGAAAUCAAAGCGAUGUCGGAAUGAAAAGAAAAAUAAUAAAUACCGAUACAGAUAUUUUUGAUUAAAACUUUGUAUUCAUUGUA